AUUUAAUUAUGUUUACAGCAGACAAUACACGCUAAAAGAGAGGUUAGAGAAAAUAGUUGAUUUUGAAAUUUUAUAACAAAACCACGAGACUCAUUCCAAGUUUAAACUUUAGAAAAUGGCUUCAAUUACUUCAACAAAUAAAUGUGAAGACGUACCCAAUACAGUAAAAGAGGCAGUAUUGGUUAAAACCAUUAAAACCAACACAUUAACAACAUGUGUCAGAGGAUAUGAUUUCAAUCAAGGAGUAGAUUAUGAAGCCCUUCUUGGAUCAUAUAUUAAUUCAGGUUUCCAAGCCACCAAUUUUGGAUUAGCUGUUGAAGAAAUCAAGAAAAUGAUUGCAUUACGAGAAUCUCCUUUUCCAAAAGAAAAAGAAGAUUCUUAUGAAGAAGAUGUCUUUAUCAGGAGGAGAAAUAACUGCACAAUUUUUCUCGGCUACACAUCAAACAUGGUUUCUUGUGGUGUUCGUGACUCAAUAAGAUUUCUUGUUCAGAACAGAAUGAUUGACGCUAUUGUUACAACUGCAGGUGGAGUUGAAGAAGAUCUAAUUAAAUGCUUAGCCCCUACUUACAUAGGAGAUUUUAGUUUAGAUGGACGCACACUCAGAGAAAGUGGUAUAAAUAGAAUUGGCAAUUUACUUGUUCCAAAUGAUAAUUACUGUAAAUUUGAGAAUUGGGUAAUGCCCAUUUUAGAUCGCAUGUUAUGUGAACAGAAAGAAAAGGGUACUUUGUGGACUCCGUCAAAGAUAAUAUCACGCCUUGGUUUGGAAAUAAAUAACACUGAUUCCAUCUACUAUUGGGCUGCCAAAAACAACAUUCCUGUCUUUAGUCCUGCAUUAACUGAUGGGAGCCUUGGUGAUAUGAUGUACUUUCAUUCUUACAAUAGUCCAGGCCUUGUGGUGGACAUUGUAAGUGAUUUGAGACGGCUAAACUCAAUGGCAGUCAAGGCUGUGAAUACUGGUAUGGUAAUCAUUGGUGGUGGUGUAGUAAAACACCACAUUUGUAAUGCCAAUCUCAUGAGAAAUGGUGCAGACUUCUCAGUAUUUAUUAAUACUGCUUCAGAGUAUGAUGGAAGUGAUAGUGGUGCUCGUCCUGAUGAAGCUAUUUCUUGGGGAAAAAUCAGGAAAGACGCUAAACCUGUUAAGAUUUAUGCAGAAGCAACUUUGAUUUUCCCACUGUUGGUAGCAGAAACUUUUGCAAAAUGUUGUCCCAAGCCUGAAUCUUUGCAAGACAAAAGGAAUUGAAAAUGUAUUGAUAAUAAAUUGACUUGAACUGUGGCUGUGAUCAAAUGGUCUUUACAGAGACUGUGUGAGGUAUCUACUGCCCUAACAAUACCUAAACAAGUAAAAUGAAAUCUAAAAGUGUUAAGUAAAGAAAAUUGCAUUAA